AAAAAUGUCAAUUAAUUUUUGUAUCGCUUUUUCGAAAAUGAGAUGACAUAGCGUUUAAAAAAUCAUCAAAAGAUGUACAUUUUUAUCGCUCUUGGAUUGGUUAAUUUACAUUUCGCGCACGGAGCACCACAAGUUGGUGAAGAUUGCGUAGUAAACGGUUGUCCAUUUCCUGAGGCGUGUAUAAAAAAACCUACAUCAGAAGUUGAGAUAUGUAUGUGUAGACUAGCAAAUAAAUUUAAUAACGGUACAUGGAAACCUGGUUUUGAGGCUUGCACUGAUGGCUACAGCCCCUGGUCUUUGUUUCUGUAUGAAAAUAAGACUUUUUUACCCGAAAAGAUUAUGUUGUAUGAACAGGUGCUUGAUACAGCUAUAACGGCAGAUGCUUCAUAUACCGCGUUUCAGCCAUAUUACGCGCGACUACGUUCAAAUAUAAAGGGUCAAGGUGCUUGGUGCGCCCCUACAGAUGAAAGUGCCCACUGGCUUAAAAUCGACCUUGGUGCUAAGAGUGUAGUCAAUAUGAUUGCCACCCAGGGACGGAAAGGGGCCUUCAUACCUUUCACAGUGACAAAAUUUAAAAUUGAAUUGAGUGAUGAUGAUUUAACUUUUACGACAUACAGUACCGGCAUAGCAGGUGACGAGUUUAACGGAAAUCAACAUAAUGAUGUAAUCGUGUAUAAUUUUCUUGAUGAAGCUAAAACUCGGUACUUAAAACUAAUUGCGAUUGACCAGCUAAACAUGAAAUGUUGGCGGGUCGAAGUUUACGGUACACGAAUUGUGGAUGAAUGUUCAGAAGACAAACUUAACUUAUGUGAUAAGGCCAAUGCAGUCUGCACUGAUGAUUUAGUCUCGUACUCAUGUGAAUGUAACCGUGGAUACAUAGAUCUUGACGUGUAUGGCACGAAAGGAUAUAAAACUGGUUUUACUUGUUUAGAAGCAGAUGAAUGCAGGACUUUUUAUCCAGAGUUUAAGCAUAAUUGCAGUAAAUUCGCAACUUGCGAGAAUACUAUUGGUGCGUUUACUUGUGACUGCUUCGAUGGUUAUCGUGGUGAUGGAUAUUAUUGUGAAGACGUGGACGAGUGUGAAGAGGGGAUAGCUAAAUGUCAUGCUGACGCUCAUUGCAACAAUACUGGAGGAACGUUCAGUUGUAAUUGCAAAUCUGGAUAUUCAGGAGAUGGAACGACAAAUUGUGAUGACAUCAACGAGUGCAGAAAAGGUUUAGAUAACUGUGACUCCAAGAAUGGAAAAUGCCAUAACACUAAGGGCUCGUUUAAAUGUUCUUGCCAGACUGGAUACGAAGGUGAUGGUCGAGUAUGCACCAACACUAACGAAUGCUUGUUGACGCCGUGCCAUAAAGACGCAGAGUGUAUCGAUACCGAAGGGUCAUAUAAAUGCAAGUGUAAAUUAGGCUUUAGUGGCAACGGACGCUGGUGUGACGAUAUAAAUGAAUGCGAAAACUCUGUCUCUCCUUGCACCGCUGAUGAACUCUGCUAUAAUUUUCGUGGUAGUUAUGCGUGCAUGUGUCCGAAGUUUAUGCCCUUCCAAUACACCUACAAAGAGGUUGAAGGUACCAUACUUGACCAAGUACUUACGAAUUUCCGCGAUGUGAGUAAAGAGGACUGGCACUAUCCACUUGACUACCAUGCCCAUACAAUCCGCACCAUCUACCAACUUGUUAUGCAGACGUAUCAGUACCACUUUCAAGAAGUGCGAGAUUCAUUUCUCAUCAAGAAAGUGGCCGGCGAUGCUUUUGCUGUGGAGUUGUAUGAUUUAAGAUGUAAAGAUGUUGCAAAUGUGACUUUCCCUAAUCUAUGCUAUACAGGUUAUUCCACAACCAAAUUCUUUGGCUACACAGAUCUUGUUGAGAUUUGGUUGACAAGAAAAACUGACGCUGUGUUUGAGACAUGGGCUACCGAGAAACCUCCUGAGCAGCCAAGCAACAACGAUCCAGUCACUACAUCUCCACCGAUAAUGACUGAACGGAUUCGAACAACAAUGAUUAUAAAUGGUACCAAUGGAACAAAUAUUACGUUGACCGAAGCACCAGUAACUCCACCUGCUCCUUACGUUGACUGCGGUGGAAACCUUACCGAACACGAUGCGACAAGAACCUUUACCUCGCCUAAUUAUCCAAAUCAUUACAACCGCAGUACAAGAUGUGUCUGGAUCAUUGAGGCACCACCAUUACACAACGUCUACGUUAACUUUGAUCCUGAUUUUCGUAUGGAAGCUGAUAAAAAAUGUUCUUAUGAUUCCCUUGAAAUAAGGGAUGAGUCCGAGACUGGAGAAGUACUCGGAAGAUAUUGCGGUCUUAUGUUUCCAAAGGCUGUUCGAUCAGGCCGUCGAAGGCUCGUGGUAACAUUCCAGACUGAUCUAUAUUAUCAAUACAAAGGUUUCUCGGCAACGUGGGGUAUUUUAGAACCACGUGUUUCGAUGGCGUGCAUUACAUACAACCAAAUGAGUACAAUGCCAGAAUCGUAUAUGGAGAAAUGGCGAGACACCAUGGAAAAAGAAGAUAAGUCAAAGUUUGUACCGGUCUCCAGAUUAAUGGCUUGUAGACAAUACCCGCAAUGCAACAACUCAAGACCAGGCCCCAUAGUAUAUACAUUCGAACAUUUUCGGGAUGAUCGAAAUGAUAAAAUAUGUAUUCGUUGGGAUUUGGACAUCAUCGGUACAUCAUACUCUCAACGCGGCUGCAAGAAACGAAAAACAAACAAAACACAUACUGAAUGCGAAUGCUAUAGUUGGGGUAUAGUUGGCGUACUUGGUAGAUUAACUGUUUACAAGCCAACCCCACCACCACCAGCGUUCGAACUGGGGAAAAACUCCUUCUACUCCGUGUUGUUGGUGACACUGGCUUUAGUUGUGACGUUGUUGUAUCUCUUCUUAAAAGAUCAAUGGGGCGCUGUUAUCGUUGAAGUGUUUACUAGAAAAGAGUAUGACUCUGGUCGAAUAAUACAGCUACAUAUUGUGUUGAGCACACUACUGGCGGAAAUCUUCUUCUCAAUCAUAACAUUCAACGUUACAGCUAAGGCUAGCUCAUGCUUCUUUUUCGCUUUUGUUUUCUAUUACUUGCUACAGACUGUGUUCUUCUGGCUGUUUAUCUACACUUUGUUCUUACAAAGUCGUAUCAAGGAGAUUUUUGACUCGGAGAGGUACAAUUCCUACAAAAUUUAUCUACUUGUUGGUUAUGCAGUUCCAUUUUUGGUGACGUUAACUAUCACUGGGUUAAGUUUUGAAAGUGACACUGACGAAAGGUUAUGCUGGUUGAUGUUUCAAGGUACAACGGUGUGGGGCUUUUCUGGUGUGAUCAUCGUUCUCGGUUUAGGUACAUUAAUUCUUUUAUUUAAUGUCAUAUAUCAUGCACAUUUUAUGGAGCAUGGAAUCCUACUGCAAGAAAAAUCACUUCGCACAAUGUUUACGACCUUCUUCGUGUUGCUUACUUCAAUUUUUGGCGCGCAAGCUUUGCAGUCGAAGCAGUACAGCACAGAAUAUAUGUUUUCGUUGUUUAAUAUGCUCCAAGGGUUUUCAAUAGCUGUCAUGUACUGCAUAUUAAGACGCGAGGACCCGAUUAUCAAAGCAAACCAGGUUGGUCCCGUACCCGACAAAACAGAUGAACAACAACAAUUUGAUGAUGACAAUGACAACGGACCGAAAAAAUUUGAUCUGAGUGAAGCGGAAAGUUCUUCAGAUGAAGAUGAAAAAAUUGAAAUGGAGGAGCUAGAAAUGAACGAGGGAAGUAAAAGUAACGGGUCUAUUUUCUUCCAAGUUAAGGAAAUGCCGGAAGAAAAUAGAGAAGAAGACGAAGCCGGUAUAGAUGAGCCGUUUAAUUUUGAAGGUUCCGAUGACAGUGACGCUGAUCAAGAAAUAAUGUUUCGUUUUGAAGACACUGAUAACUAUAAGAUGCGAUAAAAACAUCAUGACAAUAGUGUCGAACUCGGCACGUAAUUUUUUAGACAUUGUUGUAAAUAUAUUUAAUUUUUCUAGCACAAUAGUACUUAUAGAUCCAGAUAUUUUCAAGAUUUUCAAGAUGUUAACAUUCAUUGUAAAAUUUAAAUUUCUGCGAAAAUUGUUUUUCUUUAUAAUUUUCAAAACGUCUCGCUAAAAACGUAUUUUUGUUUAAUAGCAAAAUUGCUUCUCGUAUAUAUCGUUAUAUAUAUCGUUCUAAGAAAUGAAAACCGAUAAUUUAAUGCUGCGUUUAAAACGAAUCUGAGAAAAACUUUUUUGGAAUUCAUUUUUAACCUAAAUCCGUAAAAAUAUGCAAAAUUUAGUGGAAACGCAUUCUGUAUGUACUUCUAUUUUUAGUAACUUAACUCAUGAAUCCGGAUAAAUCUUCUCAAGAGUAAACACAGUACAAAAUCAAACUUUAGCAAUGAAGCGGACAACCGACAAACCGAUAAAAAGUAUAUUACAAAUAUAUGUUUUAUUAGCACGAAUUGUGUGUAAAAUAACGUGUUAACGUUUUUUGAAUGCUUCGCGAAGGUAAAUACUCGUGAAGUUGGUCAUCUUACCAAUUAGAAAAAAAAAUCAUCGCGAAAAUAUCUCACUCUUUAAAGAUAUUGUAAAAAAAUGUGUUAUCUUUAAAAUUUAAUUUUUUCCAGCAAAUAAAUAAAUGUAAAAAAUUGCA